AUGGCUGCUAUGGUACAAACCUACCCCCAGCAAACAGCAACUGUUACAAUGCUCCAGACGCGACCGAGCUCUUCUUCAGGCAUCAUGAACGGACACGCACAUUCUCAAUCUCAACCAAACGUGGGAAACCAACAAUAUAUGGCGAAUUCUCAACCUCACAGGAACAGUUUCCACGGACUCCCUGGGGUCGUGGGAGGACAGACUGGCUACCGAGGAAGCUCUCCCGGCCCGGUCCAGCCGUAUGCUUUCACGACAACGCCCAACCUUGCUAAUAACGGCGCACCAUGGCAAUCAUACGGAGCAUACCGGACAACGUCAAACCCUAAUGUGUCUACGAUGCAGACGAUAGACCAUGCUAAUAACGCGGCUGCUCGUCCUCGUUACCACACAAGCGGCUCCAUGACCAACAUUCACAACGGUGCCAAUUCAUCUGCCGUCAUGGCUCAGGGAGUAUCGAGGGACGACUCUUCUCUUCCAUCCAUGAGUCGAGCAGCAAAUUCCGCCGCAUCACGGCCACAGUCGGUGCACCUGACGACAUCCUCUGGCCAACAGACCUUCGCUCAGGUUGCGGCUACCAAGGCGUCCCCCGAGAGGUACAGACGGCCUUCACCCAGACAAGUGGAUUCCCAGCAGUCUUCGCAAGCCCAGGGCUCUGCCAUGCCAUCAGGCUCAGGCAUGGCAACCGUGGUUCAUUUGUACAACCCUCGAGCCAUGGGCAACCAAAGAAUCCCCCGAAACUCGGCGAACCUUGCCAGCAGACCGCAGAGUGCGUACGGCUCACUGAUGACUGGAGCGGCCGCAGACGACAUGUUGGUGCCCCGGCAACCCACCGACGAGGAUAUGAAGAGGUUUCGGCGGCGCAGCAUGCACUCAAUUGAUUCUGCCGAUUAUCCCAACCCCUUGACCCCGCAGGAGUUCAAGAAACAGCAGGCACAAGCGGAAGAAGCACUCCGCCUCAAGACUAACAGUUCUUUUGCUGGCAAUGAGAAGCCUAAUGCCGCCACUCACACCAGGAGUGGCAGUUCCGAGAGUAUAGUUUCGAGUAGAAGCAGCAACUCUCGACCGUCUUCGUCUACCAAUCGAAACUCCAAUGUCUCUGCCCCCACAACCACCAGCCCCGCCUCCACUACUAACGACGAAAAGUCGUCCAACCCGGAUCAACUCAAGCUGGUGAACAUACCACCUCGCAGUUCGUCGACCGAUGUUGGGAAACGAGUCCUCAAUCCAUCGCCGUUAUCGAAACCGGUAACCAUGGAUCCAGCGUCUUCGUCGGGCGACUCUGCGGCGCCCGCAAAGAGCAACGGCCCGGCCGUUACAUCCCCUACGAAGCCGCCCGGCUCGUCCCAUGGAUCCGCAGCUGACAGCCCUGCUGCAAAGCAUCUGGCUGCCAUUAACGAGAAGGGCGGCCGGCCGAAGACUAAGACGUCGAGGCUCCGCCGUGCUUUCUCUUUUGGCAGCGCUGCCGAAUUGAGAAAGUCGCAAGCCAAGGACCAGCAGGCAGACACGCCCUCGACUGCUGUGACCGCCCAACAUGGGCCAUCAAAACUGCACAAGGAUCCGCAGCCCGAUGAUUUGUACGAAGAGGAGCAAGCACGGAUAGCCCAACUACAAGAGGAGAGUGGUUUGGGGAACAGCAUCUAUUCUGGCACCAAGAUCUUUACAGGUUCGAAUGACAAUCUGUCCAUCUCGUCUACAGCUUCAUCCGCCUCCGUCAUGCUCCGGAAGAUGGGACGCGGUAUGAAGAAAGGUGGUCGAUCGUUGGUCGGGCUUUUUAGACCCAAGUCAAUCAUCGGCUCGCCAACUGGAGAUACACCGGGGGCCAGUCGACCCGAGGUAUCCAUGGUCACAGUUGAAGCCGAGCGUGAGAGGGUGAAUGUGAAUGCCAACGGCGACCUCGGUGCACCAUCCGGAGGUACUGGCUUCCCUCACUUGGAACGAAACUCCAUUGACGCCAUAGAUGCCGUACACGCAGACAGCCUGACAUCGGACCGCCUCGGCAGCUCUGGAACUGACAAUUCGGGUGCACGAAAAAGCAUUGUCGGUGGCGAGAAGGAACGGGCUGAGGUACUUGCUACCAUUCGUAAGGGCAUUCUCAAAACUCGGAGUAAUUCCCCCAGCCCGUCCCCCCGAGGACAAGAUACCAAGGGCCCCAUUUUUGAGUUGCCCCUGAUCCCCAAUGUGACCGAUUCCCCAAGCUCCAGUGCCCCGAGCACCCCGAACGAAGACGCUCAGGGUCACAAGCGCAGCGGCUCUGUAGCCAUUGGCAAUGAAGAUUAUUUCAUGUCGGCACUGAGGCUACGACAGGACACGAAGAGCGCCCCGGGUACGCCACAGGGGAGCAUCAGCAAACGCAAUGCCACAUUUAGCCCGCGCAUCGUGUUCUACGAUACAUGGCCAAGCCAGGAGUACGACCGACGAGGAGAGAUAGCAACUUGCAACCGUCUCACACCAAUGCUGGCCCAGCAGAUCAAAGAGGAGUUGAACAGCUUCAAAAUGGAAAUGGAGGUUCACGAAACAUCAAAAAUUUACACCCACUUUUUCUGA